AGGCUGACCAUGGGGAGGCUGACCGUGGGGAGGCUGAUUGUAUUGUUGACCUGGUGGGCCUUGGUUGUACCCUUGGGGAGCACCGUAUCCCUGAGGAGCCCCGUACGGAGCUUGGUAUUGUCCCUGAGGAGGGGCUCCGUAAGGUGCUUGCCCGUGUUGACCCUGGGGAGGCUGAUUGUACCCUUGGCCUUGUGGGGGAUACUGACCCUGCGGAGGCUGAUUAUACCCCUGAGGCGGCUGUCCUUGCGGGGGAUACUGGCCACCAUGAGGAGGCUGGUGCGGCUGGUUCUGUCCGUAGGGAGGCUGCUGAUAAGGCGGCUGGCCCCCUUGCGGUGGCUGUCCGGGGGGGACCUGAUACCCCUGGUUUUGUGCAUAGCUCUGCUGGUUCUGCUGCUGGUACGACUGCUGUUGACCGUAGGGCUGCUGGCCGUACGGAGGCUGACCGGGCUGUCCCGGAGCUCCCUGAUAGUACGGGGCGCCGCCCGGACCGGAAGGCGGAGGCUGACCCGCCGGAUAGCCCUGUGGGGCACCUCCGGCCGGAGGAUUGGCCUGUCCGUAGUAGGGCUGCUGCGGGUUCAUGAUCUCCGGUCUGAGGAUGUCUUGGAGAUUGAGGAUGAGAAAGGGAGUGAGACAAAAUGGCGCGACGAAAGAGGGGUUCUUGAUGGUCAGACGGCUUGAAAUAGCACCGCUCCUGACCCCGCUGAUCCAGAGGCCUCCUCUUGGUGUAGGAUUGCUAGCUUACGCCACCUGUCGUGGCCAAUAAGAUUGGGGCAUCGCGAAG